UGUUUCUUCUGUUUUCCGUUUUUCUGGUUAUUUUUCGGCCUUUUCAAGUCGUAUUAAUUGACGAACUCAUAAUGUUACAUUAUCCUUCACGGUAAUCUCUAAAUUUUUGCCCCAUUUCUCGAGAUCGAACCACAUAACAAAAAAGGAACCUCAUAUCAAGAAUGCCGGCGAAAUGUUGAGGAGCUAGGCUUCGACGUUGUUAAAAAAGGUUCGAAUUCGGUUCCCAAACCUUGUUUCAUUGCGAUAUUGCCAGAUUUGGAGGAACAAGGUUUGGUUAUUCUUUGCUUCUUUGUUUGGAAAAAAAAGGGUUUUAUUGAUCGGAGUUGGUAGGAUUACAAAGGUGUGAACUUGAAAGCUUGGGUGAAUCUAGAUAUUGUCUUUUGUUUUGAUGUUUCUUUUGCAUGCUUAAAGAAUUUAGUGAAUUUUGAGUUUGAUGAAGUUUAUUUUGUAGUUUGGCUUGUAAAGUAUUGUAAGAUGAAGAGGGUAAAAAGUGAAAUUCCCACUAGGAGGAGGUUCAAGUUGUCUCAUUUGUUUUUGUGUUUAGGAGGGUUAUACUUAAUCUUCAUAGCUUUUAAGCUUCCAUAUUUCUUGGAGAUAGCAGCAGUUUUGAGUGGAGAUGAUAGAUAUGAUGGAUUGGAUGGGAAGGUUGUUGGGGAUGUUAAUGAUGCUGAUUUGGGUAAACCCUUGGUUAAUGCUGUUUAUAAAGAUAUGUUUCACAGGAAACUAGAGGAUAAGCUAAUCCAGGAUGCGCCUAUGAGGCCUACUGAGGAACCUUUGGAGGAAGGAAGAGGUGGAGUAAAGCCCAUUAAGCCACUUCAGCAUCCAUAUGGUCGAAUAACGGGUGAGAUUUUGCUUCGAAUGAAUAAAACUAGUGAAUUGUCAGUGCUUGAGAGAAUGGCGGAAGAGGCUUGGAGUUUAGGAUUGAAAGCAUGGGAAGAAUUGAAUGCCUUUGAUGGAAAGGCGAUUGAACAGAAUUCUUUGCUUGAUGGGAAGCCUGAGUCAUGUCCUGCUUGGUUAUCUGUAAACGGAGAAGAGUUGGCUAAUGGAGAGGGGCUAAUGUUCCUUCCAUGUGGUCUCAAAGCUGGUUCUUCAAUUACUGUUGUUGGUACUCCUCGACAUGCCCAUCAAGAGUUUGUACCCCAGCUUGUAAAAUUGAGGAAUGGUAAUGGUUUAGUGAUGGUUUCACAGUUUAUGGUUGAAUUGCAAGGGUUGCAGUCUGUGGAUGGGGAAGCUCCACCUAAGAUUUUACAUUUGAAUCCUCGAUUGAAAGGAGAUUGGAGUCACAAGCCAGUCAUUGAGCACAACACAUGCUAUAGAAUGCAAUGGGGUAAAGCUCAAAGAUGCGAUGGUUCGCCAUCCAAGGAUGAUGAAGACAUGCUCGUUGAUGGACAGCGACGAUGUGAAAAAUGGAUUCGGAAUGAUGUUGCAGACUCGAAAGAGUCCAAGACAACUUCUUGGUUCAGACGAUUCAUUGGACGGGAACAGAAACCUGAAGUUACCUGGCCAUUUGCUUUCGUGGAGGGCAGACUGUUUAUCCUGACUCUCCGUGCUGGCAUUGAUGGAUAUCAUAUCAAUGUUGGGGGUCAACAUGUGACUUCAUUUGCAUAUCGUACAGGUUUUUCACUUGAAGAUGCAACAGGGCUGGCCGUAAAAGGAGAUGUGGAUGUUCAUUCAGUUCAUGCAACCUCUCUUCCCACCUCUCAUCCAAGUUUCUCCCCACAAAGAGUGUUGGAAAUGUCACCAAAAUGGAAAGCAUCUUCCUUGCCUAAAAGACCUAUUCAACUUUUUAUUGGGAUUCUCUCUGCUACCAAUCACUUCGCGGAACGCAUGGCAAUUAGGAAAACUUGGAUGCAGUCUUCAGUCAUCAAGUCUUCAAAUGUAGUAGUUCGGUUCUUUGUUGCACUGAAUCCAAGGAAGGAGGUAAAUGCAGUGCUAAAGGAGGAGGCAGCUUAUUUUGGUGAUAUUAUAAUUUUGCCAUUUAUGGACCGCUAUGAACUCGUGGUUCUUAAAACUAUUUCAAUUUGUGAAUUUGGGGUGCAAAAUGUGUCAGCUGCUUACAUCAUGAAAUGUGAUGAUGACACAUUUGUUAGAGUCGAUACUGUCUUGAAACAAAUUGAUGGCAUCUCUCCUAAAAAGUCACUUUAUAUGGGCAAUCUCAACCUUCUGCACCGUCCUUUGAGAAAUGGAAAGUGGGCCGUUACAUAUGAGGAAUGGCCCGAAGAAGUUUAUCCUCCCUAUGCCAAUGGACCUGGAUACGUUAUUUCCAGUGAUAUUGCCAAGUUUAUUCUCUCACAACAUGCCGAUCGAAAACUAAGGCUUUUCAAGAUGGAGGAUGUGAGUAUGGGAAUGUGGGUCAAACAAUUUAACCAGACCACAACCGUCCAGUACUCCCACAGCUGGAAGUUCUGUCAAUAUGGAUGUUUGGUAGACUAUUAUACCGCACAUUACCAAUCCCCAAGGCAGAUGAUUUGUCUUUGGGACAAGCUUUCGAGAGGUAAGGCACACUGCUGCAACUUCAGAUGACAAUGGGCACUUCUCGUUGCUCGUUAGAACAAUUUAUGCACACGACCUUCCUCAGCCUUGUAUUUUCCACAGCUUUCUACCCAUUUUUGUGCAAUUAAGUGAGCUCUAGAGGGUUCAAGUGUAACAAACCUUAUAGUGCAAGAUAUUGCUCUGUGAUAACUUCUGAUAAGUAGGUUAUUAGCUUGAAUUGUAUACGUAUUGUGAAUAUUCAUGUCAUUUGAACACUUGGUAGCAAAGCCCAUUGCCUUCAAAGUUCUUACUU